GAGAGCAGAACAGGCGAAGUUGUGGAAGCCCGGGGAGGGCGGGGCUGCUGGUCCGGGCGUUGCUGGGUGAUGGCGGACGGGCGGUAGGCGGCGGGCGGCGUGCCUCGGGAUCGGGUCCCGAGCGGCGGAGCGGGCUUCGGGCCGUCGGAUCAGUAUCUUGAAUAGUGCCUGAACUUGGACUACGAUGCCUUUGGUGACGAGGAACAUUGAACCGAGACACUUGUGUCGCCAGCCUCUUCCCAGUAACGUUCCCAGUGAAUUGGAAUGUGUAACAAACAUCACCCUUUCAAAUGUCAUCAGGCAACUUGGCAGCUUGAGUAAAUAUGCCGAAGAUAUUUUUGGUGAGCUGUUUAAGGAAGCAGGCAGCUUUGCUUUUAGAGUAAACAGUCUUGGAGAACGGAUUGACCGUUUGCAAGUUAAAGUAACGCAGCUUGAUCCCAAAGUAGAAGAUGUUUCACUGCAAACUAUUAACCUGAGGAAAGCCUUCAAGAGCUCUACAAAUCAGGACCAGCAGUUGUUUUGUCGAACCUCUCUGCCAAUUCCAAUUAAUGACACAUAUAAUACAUGUGACAAGCCACCACCUCUUCAUAUUCUAACUCCAUACAGAGAGGAUGGAAAAGACAGCCUUAAGUUUUACACUGAUCCUUCCUACUUCUUUGACCUCUGGAAAGAAAAAAUGCUGCAAGACACAAAGGAUAUCAUGAAAGAAAAAAGGAAGCAUCGGAAAGAGAAAAGGGAUGUUUCAAAUAGAGGAAAUUUGAAUCCACGGAAAAUUAGAACGAGGAAAGAGGAAUGGGAGAGGUUGAAAAUGGGGAAGGAAUUUGUGGAAGCGAAAUCUGUUACAGAAGAAUCUAUCUCGAACGCCAAUGAAAUCUGUUCUAAUGGAAGUAUAGGUUCAAAUGCCAAUGAGGACCUUGUUUAUAGAACUCAUGGACCAUAUCGUGAUUCAGUCAUGCCGCCCCCUCCAGCAUCACCAGGGGCUGACUUACCUCCCCCACCACCUGAUUUUAGUUACACCAUGGACAAGCAGGACUCUUCAGCCAUUAAAAGGAGUAGUGUUGUCAGUCCAACUAUUCCUCCUCCAGCACCACCCCCUGGUCCGCCUAUGGGAGCUGGGCUUUCACCACCACCACCACCAGCCCCAACUCUGCCACCUCCACCCCCAUUCAUGGGAUUGGAGGGACCUCCUAUUUCUCCACCUCCCCCACCCCCAUCAGUGCCCCCAAUGCAGUUUAAUCAACACUUCCCCAACACUGAUGCCCCAUCAAUUCCUCCUCCUCCCCCUCCUCCCACUGAUCACUUCCCUGCUGCCCCUGCCCCACCCCCACCAUCUGGAGGAGGCGGCCCCCCUCCUCCCCCUCCUCCCCCUCCACCUCCUGGCCCGCCACCAAUGUCAUUUGGUGGUGGCUCAGUGCCACCCCCUCCGCCACAGUCAUCGGAACCAAAACCAAAAGCAGCUCUGCCACCAGUGAGCGAUGCUCGGACCGACUUGCUGUCAGCGAUUCGACAAGGCUUCCAACUUCGUAAAGUUGAAGAGCAAAGAGAACAAGAGGAAAAGCGGGACCAUGUUGGAAAUGAUGUGGCCACAAUCUUGUCACGGCGCAUAGCAGUCGAGUACAGUGAUUCCGAAGAAUCGGAAUUUGAUGAUGAGGAGUGGUCCGACUAAGCUGAGCUAUGCCAACCCGCUAAUCACCAGCAGCCAAAAUUCUUCCGUUUAAAAAGCCAAACCUUUCCCGACAAUGCCUUUACACACAGGUGUAGUACUCUAAUGUAUUAUUUGCACAGGCUGUGAAUCCGAUGGGAAGAUGUCAGACAAGGAAACACUUGGCAUUAUUAUGAGAAGUAUGUAAGAUGAAGUGCCACAUUUACAAAGCAGUAAGAUAAACUUGUGCAGGUAGAGUUCAGUGUGUGUACUGUUUGUACAAGCGUUUCAGCAGGGAGAAAUAUAAACGUGUUACAAAUCACUGGAUUAUUAAAAUGGAAACAGUUUGCUGCCUUGUUCUAGACUUGCAGUGCACAUGAUUAUCCAGAAAAUGGAAUAUUGUAUUUAUCAGCCAAUAUUUUUGUUAAUGGUAUUCUGCUUUUUAAUCAAAUACUGUAGUUAGAAUGAAAUUCUGUAAUCUGCACACAGUAAAUAAAUUGUAUAUGCGGUUAUAAUAGAGUCCAUAUUCACAUACUUGUUAGUGCUGAUCAGGUUUAUAUAUUUUUUAAAUGUUGCUAUAGACGUAAUAAAUCUCGGAGCAAUCAAACCAAUUUGUCUAUUGUGUAAUUAGCAACAUCACCAAAGUGCUUUAUAGAACAAAAUUUUAAAUGGAACCUGUCCUUUGUAGAAAUCUCCUGACUUUAAUCAUAUUUUUUUAAUGUGGCAAUGUGGUGCCAAAGCAGGUACCAAUCACUUGUAUUAAUUGCCUGGAGAUGUACACUGGUAACUUUACGAAAGGAACCUUCUGGUCAACCCAAAAAUGACUCUAAACAUAUGAGAGUACUGCAAUUUAACCUUUGCUCUGUUUACAUCAAUUUAUAGGUGUUUCUACAUCUUGCUUAUGCAAUCAUUUAGUAAUCAGUUGUGAAGAGAGAGCUUCACUGACAAACUAUGCAAGUUUAGCACUAGUCAAAACUAACAGAAGGUUGAUCAUUAUGUUUAACACAAUUAAUAGGAUUCAAAAUGCCAUGAUCGAAACUUACCAGAUUAUUUUCAUUGUGCUUUGGGAUAAAAUUUUGUAACAAUAUGCAUUCAUAAUCAUAUAGCUGGGUUAAUAUUUUUAUAAUUUCCUCCCCUCUUUGUUGUUCAGACGUGGGGAAUGGCAUUUGAUUUCUUGGAUUACUCCAGGUAAAUGUGCACAGAAAUACCUGCAAGAAUGUAUUUAAUUAGGACUGUAUGUAACUAAAGUUUGCUAUGGAUCUCCAAGUCUUGAAAUAAAUGAUUACCAACAAAGUAA